AUGCCUCACUUUGCAAACCCUCUUUUAAGACACAUCAUUAUCAAAAGUCCAUUUGAUAGUAUCAAGCGGAAGAAAUGCCUCCAGUAUUUGAAAACCCUGAGGACACUGCAAUACGAUGGCUUUAAGACUGUGUAUUUUGGGGAAACCGAUAUCCCAGAAAGUCUUAUCACUGGGGAAGAUUUUAGUGAUGGAUAUUUCAUGCGAAGUCCAACUUGGUAUAUUGUGCAUGCCGGCGGGAGUCAAGGAUGGGUGCCUUGGAAAUACAGGAUCUUCCUAAGAGAUGAGUUAUGUGUCAGACAAGAAAAAAACCUCUUCUUUGAGUUCUGUGAUGUGGCCAGGAAGGCCUACGGGAGGUGCGCCAUUGUGGUCAAAGAUGGAAGGCGGCAGGAUGAGAUGAGGCCAAUGAAAAACAAGGAGUCUCAGGCCCAGGCCCAUGUCCCAUCAGUCAUUAACUUAACGAGCAUCGUGUGUUGCCCUGAGGUGGCCAAGUCCUGUGGCCACGAACUACUCUCUCUGCCUUCCCCGUACAAUUAUCUGAACCCUCUAGACUCAGCCUGGUCUUCUCUGAAAUGGUUUAUCAUCAACAACAGAAAGGAUUUUUGUUUGCAGUCCAUUGACAGUGCCUGUGAGUACCAGUAUAUACUUCUCAGCAGUUUAAUUAGCAAAGGGAUUGAAAGGAUAAACCCCAGCAAGUGGAGAAUGCUAACUAACAAAGUGCGGAGAUGGGAAAACUACUAUCUGGGUAAAUUUUCUUAA